AUGCCUGCCAGAACUCACGACUUGCCCACUAGAACUAGGGAUUCAUCCUCCCAAUGUUUCCCUGCCAACAAUCCUGGCGAGACCUUUUGGCAAACAACGCAGCAUAAGCUACAUGAUCAUCGAUCAACAGAGCAAUUACCAGAGCAUAGUGAUAUCGUGAUCGUUGGUGCUGGGUAUGCUGGUGUCAGUACUGCCUACCAUCUCGUCAAGGACCAUGGUGAUGUCAACAAGUCAAUCGCCAUUCUAGAGGCUCGAGGUGCCUGUUCGGGAGCAACUGGCCGGAAUGGAGGUCACGCAAGGCCAGACUUUUAUGGCCAUAUUCCAACCUAUGUGGACCGUGCAGGAGCUCGAGCCGGAGCUGAGAUUGCCGAGUUCGAAAUUAACAAUCUACGUGCCCUGAAAAAGAUCAUUGAGCAAGAGAAGAUCGAUUGUGAUUUCACUCUAACCCGAUCGAUCGAUGUUUGGUGCAAUGCAGAAGCCGCUGAGAAAGCCAAAUGUGUAUACGACCGAAUGGUUGCCGAAGGAUUCGAGUACAUGGAUGAUGUUGUUUUCUAUAAUGGUGACAACGUGGAAGGAAUCUGCGGUGUGAAAGGUGCCAAGGCCUGCGCCAGCUUCACUGCUGGGACAAUGUGGCCAUACAAGUUCAUCAUGCAUCUAGUAGAGCUGAUUGUUGAUGCUGGCGUCAACUUGCAAACAAAUACCCCGGUCACAUCAGUAACUGCCGACCCAGAAGGCGGCUUUAUCGUUGAGACACCUCGAGGCAAGAUGCAUGCGGGAAAAGUCGUCUACGCAAACAACGCCUACGUCUCAGGUGUUCUCCCACAAUAUAAGAAGAACAUUGUUCCCUGCAAGGGCAUCUGUUGCCGGAUCACCGUUCCAGACGGAGUGACAGCACCUCUUCUCAACAACUCUUAUAUCAACCGAACCGAAGACAAUGUCCUUUCAUAUCUGAUUCCUCGAGCCGACGGCAGUAUCGUCGUGGGAGGUGCCGCAGCCGUGUUCCGGAAACACGAGGACCAGUGGUAUGAUAAUGUGGAUGACAGCAUUCUCAUCGAUUCUGCAAAGGACUAUUACAACGACUACAUGCAGAAAACCUACAGUGGAUGGGAAGAUACCGGUGCCAAGAUUGACAAGAUUUGGUCCGGUGUUAUGGGCUAUUCUUACGACUCCAACCCUCACAUCGGCAACGUGCCUGGCGGCAACGAUCAGUACAUUCUUGCAGGUUUCAAUGGCCAUGGCAUGCCGGUCAUUUGGCUGUCCUCGAAAGAGUUGGCCAAGAUGAUUAUUCAAGAUAUUCCUUUCGAGCAAACUAGCAUGCCUCGAUUGUUCCAGACUUCCCAGUUCCGCAUCGACCGGGCUUUGAACGGGAAGACCGAGGAUGGUGAUAUUCUGGGCAGUGGUAAAUUCCCUGCCACGAAGCCUUGA